AUGAGGCCCAGAGUAAUCUCCCUGAUUCUUGCUAGCAUAGCCAUUGUGAACUGUAUUCCACCACCUCACCCUGCAGUGGUGGCCGUGCGACAAGCAGAGUCACUCUUACCACCACACCUGAAGAGUCCAGCGCUCCGAAACCCACACUUAUUACAAGCCUUAGAGUUAACGAGUCUUCUUCACAAUGGCGAGAAACCGGUGUGCGAUUUAUUGCUGAUGACACAAAGCAUUGGACUGAGAGCUUGGAAUGCAUUUGUUACGAAUCCUAUAAGCUUCGGUGUAGAAACAACUUACACGGACUGGGACACGAGAUUGCCAACCGUUGCAAUUUGUGAAUUAUCCAAUGACGACAAAAUCUACAAUGUUUCAGAUACACGGCAAGUAACAGUAAGGAAUAUUGAAAACGAUCCGUUGGUGGUAGAAACCACACCACACCAACGCGCAUGUCGCUUUCACGACGAAAAUGAUAAUGGUCUCUACCCUCACUACUCGUAUAGUGCUUGUAACGUUCAUUGCCGCAAGCGGGCACAGAUGGAACUCUGCCAGUGCAACGACCAUUUUAUGCUGGGCACAACGGAAUCUGAACGAUGUAAUAUUUCCGGUAUGUGGUGUCUUCACACACAUUCGAGUCACUUAACCACACUCAAACCUGACUGGGCUAAACGUCCCGGUCUCAGCUGUGAUUGCAUGCCGUCUUGUGAUGAAACUGAAAUUACUAUAAUAAAAGACGUCAUAACAUCACUUAGACCAAAAAAAAAGAAGACAUACGUUGAAAUGAUACUCGCUUAUUUGCCGACUGAGAGAUUUAAGAGAAGUGUAGUGAGAAGUCAAUUGGAUUUAGUUGUGUCUGUGGGUGGCACGGCGGGCUUGUUUGUCGGUGCCAGUUUGCUAAGCUUUGUCGAAUUAAUAUUCUUUUUCACGAUUCGUUUUAUCAGCGACCUUUGUAUGAAGAAACGAAAACAAAUAAUACCUACCUACCAAAAUUAA